AUGGCUAUCAACACGACUCGAGACAGCCUCCCCUCAGAGCAGACACCAUCACCUACAUCCCAGGACUGGAAUUCAGAAAAAGAAGACUACAGCCCUGAGGUCUGGCACUUGAAGUUCAGAGCUUUCAGCCCCUCAGAGCAGUCAGACCCCAUCCAGGAUCUGAAGAGGAUCUCUGAGCUGUGCUAUCAGUGGCUGAGACCAGACCUGAAUAGCAAGGAGGAGAUCCUGGAUCAGCUGGUGUUGGAGCAGUUCAUGAUCUCCAUGCCUCCAGAACUGCAGGCCUUAGUGAAGGAGAGCGGAGUGAAGAGCUGCCAAGAGUUAGAGAAGAUGCUGAGGGAUGAUUCUGUCAGAGGAGAGGAUGUGAAGAUGCCCCAGGAAGAUACAAAUACAGAUGCUGUCACACCGUUCACCCAUGUUCUGGAAAGAAGAGAUUUAGCUGCACACACAGAUCUUCAGAGUCUUUCUAGUUCCAAUGGAGACAAGGUUCCCACUUGUCAAGGAGGGGCCUCCUGUGUGGACAGGACAGAAGAUGGGCAGCUAGGGCUUGCUACCCUACGACCUGUAGAGCCUGUUGAUCAUCUCGCUGGCCAGGCUAAGUUUGUGUGCAGUGAAUGCAAGAAGAGCUUCCUGUACAGGUCUCAGUUCAUCAUCCACCAGAGGUCACACACAGGAGAGAGACCCUUUGAGUGCAGCGUGUGCAAAAAGGGGUUUGUGCAAUCCUCAGACCUUCGGGUCCACAAGCGCAUCCACAGGGGUGAAAAGCCUUACGUGUGCAGAAUCUGCAGCAAGAGGUUUGCCCACAAGUCCACCCUUCUGGGUCGCCUUAGGAUCCACACAAAGGAGAAGCCUUAUGAGUGUGAGCACUGUGGAACAUGCUUCUACCACAAGGGCAACCUCAGUGUCCAUCUGGGAACCCACAGCGACUCAAGACCUCACAGAUGUAAGGAGUGUGACAAGGCCUUCAGACAGCAGGGGACUCUGAAACGACACAUGAAAAUCCAUUCAAGAAUGGAGCUCUCCUUCGACGUGGCACUAGCUGGCAGCCAGCAAGCUCCAGCUAAUGUUCUUUCUCUGUGCAUCCCCGACAACGCUGGGGGUUACAGUAAGAAACAACCAGGAAGUGGGGGUCACUCUGAAUGGACACUGCGCAUGCGUCCGUUGUCCUGUGAUGCCGGUGCCCCGAGCAAGGCAAGGACAGGGGGUGUAGAGAAGAGUCGGACAUCGCUGGGGAGAUGGAAGGCGCGAGUUUAUGUUGGAGUCUCAGAAGGCGGCAAAGAAACCAAGAUUGUGGUGGGAAAGCCCCUAAAGCAGUGA